AGCGAUUAAAUGCCGUCUACAAAAGAGCAAGAAAAACAAGAGACCAACUUUAAGCAACAAGAAGAUACCGUUACUGAAGAACCCGAAGAUCAGGACAGAUCGUCUUCCCCUUCUCCUCAGAAGAAGUCCUCCAAAGAUAAAAAGAAGCCAGGAAAAAGGAAAAAGAGAUCUUCAAAGAAAGAUGACGCACUUGGCUUGGUAAAAGGUGAUGAUACCUUAGGAUCUGUAACAGAUACGGUCGAUGGUGUAUUAGGUGGCGGGCAACAACAGAGUGGAAAAAAGGACUCUGACCACCCGUUGAGCUUACGUUUAGACCUUAAUCUAGACGUAGAGAUUACUUUAAAAGCUCGAGUUCAUGGCGAUGUUACGCUGGCUUUACUUGCUUAA